AUGUUGGCUCUAAUCUCCGGGGACGCUCAUGCCAAGUGGAGGUUCAAGUUUAAAAUUUUUGGGGGCGGCAAGACUCCAUCGCUUCCCCACUCAUCCCCAUCCCAUUCGGCGCCCUCACUCCCCUCGAUGCCAUCUUUACCUUCCCUUCCGGAUAAUCUGAGGAUGAGCUAUGGAGGUGGCUACCAAUCGCUGUUUUCAACACCCGCCUGGCCAAUUGGCUGGAAUGUCCCUGGGAAGCAACAAAGGCCGCCGCCGGGAUUUUCCGACUGGAAUCCUCUGGGUGGAACUCCCACGAACAUAUACGCACGUCCCCCAGCCUUUAAUCCGUAUUUCAAGUCAGGAGCCACACCAGAGACCAGUAAGAAAUCACUUUUCAAAGAAGGUGGAAGUUCCAGUUCAAGUGGUUUCGACUAUGGAGGUAUAAUUCCCGGCUUGGAAUCCAGGGAUCGCAAAAACUCCACCGAUGAUAACGGAUCUUCCACUGGAUUGGGAUUAGGAACGGGUCUCAUUACUGGAUCAUUGGGUGGUGCCCUACUGGGUCACGCCCUCACUCCCACCCUUAACCGCGAAGUGUAUAACAAGAUAAUCAGUAUUCCCACCGCCAGUGAGAAAGAAUUGGGGAAAACGCUGAAAAAUAUUGAAGGAAACGGAACCCAAUCAGCGAAUUCUUCUUGGCACACUUCCACCCAAAACCGCGAUGAGGAGCGUUCUGAAGGUAGUGAUAACAAGAUAAUCAGUAUUGCAGCCACCAGUGAGGAGGAAUUGGAUAAUUCUUGGCUACCAGUUUCUAGUGCAGCUACUAGAACUCAUGGCCCUAUUAAAACCACUAUAACUCAUCCGGAUGAUCCCUCCAAGUCGGUGGAGGUGGAAUAUUGGGCCUGCUUUGGUCCAGACGACUUGAAUCUGGCAGAGCAGAUUUUCGGAAGCAUAAGCCUCAUUUCCAUCCUGGCAAUGGCACUGCUGGUGUCCUUCUGUCUUAACUAA